AUGGCCGCGAGACAUAUGCGACGAUUGCUGGUCGCCGUUGCGGCCGUCGCCGUCGCCGGCCUGCGACCGAGCACGGCCCGCGCCCCGGGCCGGUCGGCGUCGCGCGCGUCCGUCGCCGUCGCCGACGCGACGAACGUCGACGUCGCGUCCGAGCCGGCCAUCUACCUGAGCAGCGCGGAGCGCGCGCGGACGACGGCGGAGCUCGGCAUCGCCACGGGCGCCGCGCUGUCGACGCUCUGCGCCGCCGGCUCGGCCACGGAGGGCGCGCCGUUCACGACGCACGUCGACUACGUCUUGGACGCGUCCGGCGCGCCCGUGCUCCUGCUGGACACGGCGCGCGCGGAGCACUCCAAGAACCUGCUCGGCGCCGGCGGGUCCGCGCGGUGCAGCGCCCUCCUCGCCGCGCGCGCGGCGGGCACGCCGCCGGCCGCGGCCGCGCGCGUGACCGUCGUCGGCGAAGUCGAGGCCGUCGCGGCGGACGCGGAGGACCGCGUCGUCCUCGAGGCGCUGUUUGGGGUGAACCACGCCUACGCCGACGACGUGCUGAGCACGGCCGAGUUCGACCUCUACCGCCUCGUGCCCGAGAGCGUCUACUUCGUCGGCGGCUUCGGGGUCGCCGCGACGUGGGUGCCCGUCGACGACUACGGCGACGCGCGCGCGGACGCCGUCGCCAAGGAGGCGCGGGACCUCUGCGUCGCGCUCAACGACGACAAGCGGUCCGACGACCGCGCCAUGGCCGCCGCGCAGCUCCUCGACGUCGCCGACGCCGCGAAGGUGUCGGUCAUGGCCGUCGACCGCCUCGGCCUCGACCUCCGCGUGAAGCGCGCGGGCGGGACGACGGAGGAGUACCGCCUCGCCUACCGCGCGGCGGCCCGCUCCGUCGAGGACGCCAAGUCCGAGAUCAACAAGCUCCUCCAGGAGGCCUGGGAGCUCGACCAGGGCGUCGUCUUCGACGGCGCCUACGACGACAAGCCGAAGGUCGUCCAGCGCGCCGUCUCCUCCCUCAAGUAG